CUUCCUUUAAUAACAAUUAAUUUAUUUUUCAGGUAUUUGAUUUUUUUUUUUCCUAAUUACUAAUACUAAUUUUGGUAUCAUUUAAAUAAAUAGAAAUAUUACUUGAAAAGUAACAGAUUUAUUAUAGGAAUUUUUUUUGGUAUCAAUUUUAUAUUUAUGUUGAUCAUUCAAACAUUAUGCUUAACAAUUUGUGCAUUGCAGUCACUCAAACGUUUUAUUAUCAAACGGAUCGACUCAAUGUGACACCCGAAUAUAAUUCUGUUCAACGUUUAAAACAGAUAACAAGAUGGGGGAGGGUUUCCAAAAAAAAAUUCUUAUUGUGAUUCUAAGGGGAGGGUAUUUUUUUGCUGUCAUACUAUUCUUCUAUAAUAAACAAUCAAAAUGGGGAAAUGAAAUGGGGUUGAUUGAUAACACCUCCAAAGCCUAUAUAUAUCUCAUUGUUAAUUUUGAUUUUGAUUUAAGAACAUGGACUUGAAUUCUAAUUUGAACUUUUAAAUUGUAAGUAGAAAGAAGAGUAGCAGCAAUCAAAAGUUUUGAUAUAUUAUAUAAUACUUUACUGAUGCUUAUUUAUAACUUGUAUAACUUGUAUAAC